UCUCUUAUAUUCCUAAAGAAACCCUAAACCAUCGUACCUUUGAAUUUCGAACCAAAAUGAAAUUUUCAGUGACGCCAAAACUCGAAAUUUUCAGACACACCGAUUCAUUUUCGAUUUCAUUUUCGAACCUUCCUUGCAUUGUCUACCCAUUAUACAUAAACAUGUCAACAAUCUUUCUUCUUCACCCAAAACUCCAAUCUCAUCUUCUUCCAUCUGUCUGUUCUCUCCCUCUCUUCCAAAUUCACGCCUCAGAAGGAACAAGAUGGAGACUCGUGCCGCUUCAAAGAGAAAGGCAAACAGUAUAGUCUUGGUCCAAAAACAACACCCCAAAAGGCAUAGGGUUUCCUUCGCUCAAAAUCCUCCCAAAGAGAAAUUGCAAGAUGCCAAGAAGCCAUCUCCCACAACCACCCACUCUUCUUCCCCCCAUAUAGGUGAAUCUCUUGUUUCCGAUGUCUACGAGUAUCUUCAUGAGAUGGAGAUGCAGAAAAAGAGAAGACCAAUUGUUGACUACAUUGAGAAAGUUCAGAAACUGUUUACGCCAACCAUGAGAGGAAUCUUGGUGGAUUGGUUAGUAGAAGUGGGUGAGGAGUACAAGCUUCUCCCGGACACUCUUCAUCUCUCUGUUUCAUACAUUGAUAGGUUUUUGUCUGUUAAUCCUGUCACUAAAUCCAGACUUCAGUUGCUGGGUGUUUCCUCCAUGCUCAUUGCAUCCAAGUACGAGGAAAUCGAUCCACCCUGUGUGGACGACUUUUGCAGUAUCACCGAUCACACAUAUGACAAGGAAGAGGUAGUUAAGAUGGAAGCUGACAUAUUACAGUCACUCAAGUUUGAAAUGGGAAAUCCUACUGUGAACACCUUUCUCAGGCGGUUUGUUGAUGUUGCUUCUGAUCAUGAGAUGACUCCAAAUUCACAGAUUGAAUUUUUGAGUCAGUAUCUUGCUGAGUUAAGUUUGCUGGAUUAUGAUUGUUUAAGAUUUUUGCCUUCUGUUGUGGCAGCAUCAGCUGUAUUUCUUUCCAGAUUUAUUAUCUCGCCUGAAGUACAUCCAUGGAGUCAUUCUUUGAGUGAAUGCUCAGGUUACAAACCAGCUGAAUUGAAAGAAUGUGUCAAAACCUUGCAUGACCUGUACUUGUUACGAAAAGCAGCAUCCUUCGAAGCUGUCCGGGAUAAGUACAAGCAGCAAAAGUUCAAAUGCGUUGCAAACCUGUCUUCCCCUCCUUAUGUACCAAAUUCUUACUUUGAAGACUUCUAAAGAUGCAUAGAACUCAAUUAACUUAUUAGAUUGUACAGUUUCUUGUCAUCAUUGAGGCUUUGAAGGAAACACAGCACGCAAUUUUGAUGGUUACUGCUGAACAAUUGUGAUAGUCUUUCAAUAGCAUGUACUAGGAAAAUUAUGGUGUAGGAUGAGGUCAAAAUUGUAUAAUUCAUUGCUUAGAAAUUUAUACGAACAAAGUUACCUUGUGAAAAAUCGUCUUUGGCAUCAUUGAUCCAAGUGAUGGUUGCAAUCUUGGGAGACUUUGUGCUUCAACCAAUAAAGAAUGGGGCUUUUACUUUGUUUUUAGACAGCAAACCAGGGGUGUUGAUCUUGGGAUCUAAGGAUGUUGUCAUCAAUAAAUUUUAAUUUUUUUUAUCAUUUGUCAAGCUGUGGUCAU